UUUUAUUUCUGUGUUUAUAUAAUAUAAAAAGUUCGUUUCCUUUUCCUUUCCACUAAAAGUUUUUGCUAGACCCGAGAGGUUGCGCGUUUUAUUAAAAUUGAUAAAAUCUGUCGUAUUAAUUUUUCGACAGGAUAAAAAAAUAUUAAAAUAACAAAAAAAUACGAAAAAACAACAAAAGCUAUUCAAAAAUUUUGUUUUUCAGAUGCAGAACCAGACAACGUCGUUUCCUAUGUCCUCCUUGUACGUGGGUGAUCUUCAUCCAGAUGUGACGGAGGCCAUGUUGUUUGAGAAGUUCUCGACGGCCGGAGCUGUUUUGAGUAUACGUGUGUGUCGUGAUAUGGUGACGAGAAGAAGCCUUGGUUAUGCUUAUGUCAAUUUCCAGCUGCCUGCUGAUGCUGAACGGGCUUUGGACACGAUGAACUUUGACUCCAUCAAGGGCAAGCCAUGCAGGAUCAUGUGGUCCCAAAGGGACCCUUCUGUUAGGAAGUCGGGAGUUGGCAACAUCUUCAUCAAGAACCUGGACAAGAGCAUUGAUACCAAGUCACUUUAUGAUACCUUCUCUGCAUUCGGGAACAUCCUUUCUUGCAAGAUCGCAAUGGAUACAAAUGGCUCGAAGGGAUAUGGGUUUGUACACUUUGAAACUGAAGAGGCGGCCAACUCUUCCAUUGAGAAGGUCAACGGAAUGUUGCUCAACGGAAAGAAAGUCUUUGUUGGCAAAUUCAAAACUCGCAAAGAGAGGUUUGAAGUGAUGGGAGAUCAGGCGAAGAAGUUCACAAACGUCUACGUGAAGAACUUUGACGACCUGUUUGAUGAUAACAAACUCAGGGAUCUCUUCUCCAAGUGUGGCACUGUGGUCAGCUGUAAGGUGAUGUGUAACGAGGCUGGAGAAAGUAAAGGAUUUGGUUUCGUGAGCUUCACAGAUCAUGAAAGUGCACAGAAGGCUGUUGAUGAUCUGAACAACAUGGAUCUGGGAAACAACAGAGUGCUGUUCGUGGCGCGUGCACAGAAGAAGGCAGAAAGAGAAGCUGAAUUGAAAGAGAGGCAUGAAAAACUGAAGAUGGAGAGAUUGAGCAGGUACCAAGGUGUGAACUUGUAUGUGAAAAACUUGGAUGACAAGGUAGAUGAUGAAGCACUCAACAAUGAGUUCAAAGCUUUUGGGAAGAUCACCAGUGCUAAGGUGAUGUAUGAGAAUGGAAGAUCGAAAGGGUUUGGAUUUGUGUGCUUCAACUCUCCUGAAGAGGCUACAAAGGCAGUAACGGAGAUGAAUGGGAAGAUAGUUGGAGGCAAGCCUCUCUACGUAGCACUUGCUCAGAGGAAGGACGAGAGGAAGGCACAGUUGAGUGCUCAGUAUGCUCAGCGAUUGUCUGGAUUGAGAGUGCCACCAGGAAAUCCUAUGGCACCAGUCUUCCCAGGAUCCCAGAGUUACUACGUCCCACAACGAGGCUUCUAUGCUCCAAGCCUUCCAAACUUCAGACAGAGAUGGAAUCCAGCACAAAACAUGAGGCCACAACAACAAGCAGGUAUGAUGCAGAUGUCUGCCAACACUGGCUCUCAGUUAUCUCAAGUGCGACCUACUCGUCCGAUAGCAGGGGGAACUGUGAGGCCAGCCACGAUGACGGGAAGGACGAUUUCAGGCCAGUCAAUAAUGCAGGGACGAACAGUCAUGCCACCGCAAGUCAUGCAGGCCCAAAUUCCGCAGAUGAUGAGGCAGGCCCAACAAGCCCCAAUGCAGUUUAACAAGGGCAUCAGGAAUCUGUCUAAUGUUCCGUUACAGCAGGCAGUUCUGGCAACAGGACAAGAGCCGUUGACGGCCAGCAUGUUGGCAGAUGCGCCACCACAAGAACAGAAACAAAUGCUGGGUGAGAGGUUGUUCCCACUCAUCCACAUCAUGUACCCGGAACUAGCAGGCAAAAUCACUGGCAUGUUGCUCGAGAUCGACAACUCAGAACUGCUUCACAUGCUCGAAUCGAGAGAGUCUCUCAAGGCCAAGGUUGAAGAGGCAGUGGCAGUGUUGCACGCUCACCAGGCAAAGGAGGGAGCAGUUGCUCACUUGAAGGAGUAAUUGGUUACAAGUUGCAACCAAAUAUAUGAGAGACUCAAUUGAGUCUUCUCUUUAAGUUUUAAUUUUCAGAAAUUUAUCGAGUACUUAAAACUAACUAAUUCGUUCAAUUCUAAUUUGAUAUACAUGUAGCAACAAGUUAUCAAGUUAUAUUUUUUCUGAACGAUAUCACUUAUUAGUAAGUACACUUUGAAUCAUGAUAUGAUACAAGAAGUUUUAAGUUCUCUUGUGAUUAUGUUUUAUUUUCUGAAAAAAGGAUUUAAAAUAUUUUUUUUUUAUUUUGUAGAAAAUUUUGAAAAUCUUUAGAAAUAAUAGUUGAG